AUGCGUGCUGAGGAUGGCUGGGUCCCACUCUUGGAUAUUGGUACCCACUACAUCGUUUUACCACGUUUAAAGGUUUUCGACUGUGGUGAUGAUGCGGAUACUGACUUGGAUUGUGAGGAUGAUGGUGAUGAUGAUGAUGAUGAUGAUGAUGAUGAUGAUGAUGAUGAUGAUGAUGAAGAUAACUCGGAUGAUGAUGAGGAAUAUUUCCUUCGGGGGCUGACCAUAUUUGCGUGUCAUGGUCAGUUUUACUUUGUCGUUGAACAAGUGAUCUCGUCUUCAACCUGA